AUGGUUGUCCACAUAAGAGCUCUGAAUUUCAGCACCUCCGAAAGCUCCGCUUCCAACCUAAGCACCAAUGCCAGUGUUCGGGACACCUUGGUGCCCCAGGACCCCCUCGGCCUGAGCAGGCAUGGCCACACGGUGGUGGCAGUAUGUCUUGGGCUCAUUUUGGUCCUGGGAUUCCUCAACAACCUUCUUGUCCUGCUUAUCUUUGCAAAGUUUCGGUCGCUUUGGACGCCCAUCAACCUCAUCCUUCUGAACAUCAACGUGAGCGACAUCCUCGUGUGUAUUUUUGGAACUCCAUUCAGUUUCGCGGCAAGUCUACAGGGGAGAUGGCUCAUUGGACACCAUGGUUGCAAGUGGUAUGGCUUCGCCAAUUCGCUUUUCGGUGAGUUUUUCUAAUAUUUCAACAGGCAGCGAAAGCCAUGGAGCCUACACUGUAGGCUUACCUCAAUGUGACAAAUAAAACAAAUAUUUUGCAUAUAAGAGUUUCUUAGCCUACGAUUUUAUAGCCUAGGCUACUUUACUAUCAGACAAAUAUCGACUGUAAAAAAGUAAUGCAAAUCCUUCAGAUCAUUACUGCUUGAUAAAUUCUUAAAUAAGUCCUCCAGGCUCAUUAUGAAAAGUGUCAGAGCACAAUUCAUCAUCAAUUUAUGGUACUUUAUUCCUCCCUGUGCCUGUAACAUUUUCAUUAACCUACAUCUGAAUGUGGAAAUAGUGGAACACUAAUGAAAAACUAUUGCAUAAAUCUUUAGCAGGAGCAAGAGACAUUUACAUCCAACCUUUAUGCCAAAAUUGAUUCGUUUCUGUGUGUGAAUAAGUUUCAAUUUGCACUUGACUGGGAAGCUUGACAUAGUAAAUGUAGGACCUUUGCUUAGGACCUUGAAAAUAUUAAGCAUGUAGGCUAUUCUAAUGUAUUCAUUUACCCCAUAAUGAGACAUCCCAUUCAACACAGAGCAGAACAAAGCCUACAGUAGCCUUUCUGAUCAGCCACUCAUACAAACUGUAGCUGAUCUUAUAUACACAUGUACACCUCUCCUCUCAUCUGUCAUCUCUCCUUGCAUGUCUCUGGAUCUUUGUGAUAACCAAAGUAGAUUGAAUUAUGAGCUGUGGACGUUUGACAAAUGCAGUUCAUUACGUUGAUGGAGGAUGGAGUCAUUCAUGUUUCUGAUUAAAGUGUACAAAAAUACCUAUCAUUUCUAAUGAGCUUGGCAAAUAAAUAAAUUGUCAAAGCAGGCUAUUAGUCCAAUGCUGUGACAUUUGGCUGUUGGAUAUCUUUAAAGCUCAAUAAUUAGGGCAGACUCCCCUGUUCCCCUUCCCUUUGAAGCCACGCAGGAGGGCAGUCACACACACACAUGCAUGACACACAACCACACAAGCACCCACGCAUGCACUCGUGCACACACACACACACACUCGUGCACACACACACACACACUCGUGCACACACACACACACACACACACACACACACACACACACACACACACACUUGUACGCACACACACAACCACACACACACAAACACACAAGCACACACACACACACACAUACACACGUACGCAUGCACGCACACCCCCGCUCCCUAGACAGCUCAACCAGACCUGUAAACACUCUUGGAGGGGAGGAGUGGGCACGUCACACAGGCCCUGAACAAUUUCUCUAAUCAAUGCCCUAUUUUACUCUGUGUGCUUCCUGAAGGCUCUAUAUGCUGUCAUUCUUCAUAACAGCCAGCAACCGCUAAUUAAGGAUGGCAUUCAUUCACAACUCACAAAGUCUAGAAGUACUCUGAGCACUUAGGAAGACUAAAUUAAGUUGGGCAAACUUUUUUCUUUCAUUGCCUUUCACUUGUUGCACAGGCAGAAACUUUUAGCAAGCUCUCACCUCCUGAGAGGACACACUGUAAAUUCAAUAAUGAAUCCCACUUCCUAGAAUGUCAGGCUAGUACUCUGAGACAGACUGGCAUAAUGAAGACAUAAACCUAUUUUUCCCUCAGCUAUAGACAAACACACACACACGUCCCACUCACACACUGACAGACAGGUAGACAGGCACGUCCACACACACACACACACACACACACACACACACACACACACACACACACACACACACACACACACACACACACACACACAGUAUAGAUUUGUAUACAUUUUACAUUUACGUCAUUUAGCAGUUCCUACAAGUGCCUUAUGUUUGAUCUUACUCCACUGAGUGCUUCAUCUGAUGAAAAGUCCUGUGCUUAUCCCCGGCCUCGGCUGAAAAUAAUAAAAGACACUUGCAAGACAAGCCUUUUAAAUCACCUGGUUCUCUUUGGACACAACAGCACUAAAAGCCAACUUGCAGUGGUCUGACUUCGAUGUGUAGGAAUAUAAUACUGCACCAUACAGGCCAGCUCUCUCUUGGGUUUACUAAAUGUUACCUGUAUAGGGCAAAGCCGAGCUAAUGAUUGUUAUGUAACCUUAUCCUAUUCUCUUUAGCAUCUGAAUUCUCAAACUGGUGAAAAAACUGUCAUAACUGGCUUCUGUUAUAACAACACCAGACACCCCAUGACACCCUGAUAACCUCAUCUCUCUCUCUCUCUCUCUCUCUCUCUCUCUCUCUCUCUCUCUCUCUCUCUCUCUCUCUCUCUCUCUCUCUCUCUCUCUCUCUCUCUCUCUCUCUCUCUCUCUCUCACCCUCUCUCUCUCCCUCUCUCCUUCCCUCUCUGUCCCUCCUAGGGAUCGUGUCCCUGGUGUCUCUGUCCAUUCUGUCCUAUGAGCGCUACACCACCGUGCAGCGCUCCACCAAGGCUGCUGUGUCUGACUUCAGGAAGGCCUGGCUGUUUGUGUGGGGCUCCUGGCUCUAUUCUUUGCUGUGGACCCUGCCCCCCUUAAUGGGCUGGAGCAGCUACGGCCCGGAGGGGGCCGGGACCUCCUGCUCUGUCCAGUGGACCCAGCGCUCUCCGGCCAGUGUCUCCUAUGUGGUUUGCCUGUUCAUCUUUUGCCUGCUGCUGCCCCUCAUGAUCAUGGUCUACUCCUACAGCAGGAUACUGGUCGCCAUCAGGGGGGUGAGUGGGACUCAG